AUGGCACGUGAGCAGAACGGCUGUCGAAAGGAUGCUAAAGGAUGUAAGGAACUACUGAUCAUCGACACUAUCAUAACAAAGCAGGCAAAAAAGAAACAAAGUAACUUGUCCAUGGCGUGGAUUGAUUAUAAGAAGGCCUAUGAUUCGAUACCACACUCAUGGCUAAAAAAAGUCCUGAGGCUAUAUGGGGUAUCUGAGACAAUGAUCAAUCUACUCGAACAUCUAAUGGGAACAUGGAGAACGCGGUUGCAUGUGAACACAGACAGAGGAGACUACACAACGGAAGAAAUCAAAAUCAUGAGAGGAAUAUUUCAGGGAGACAAACUAAGCACCUUGUGGUUCUGCCUUGCAAUAAAUUUGUUGAGCAAACUGCUCAACGCAUCCAAAUAUGGCUACGUGAUAGAGAAGAGGAACAAUACCAGAAUCAACCACCACCUUUACAUUGAUGAUCUCAAACUGUAUGCAGCCAACGAAGAACAACUGAUGAGAGAACUCAAAAUAGUAGCAUCAUUCACUGAAACCAUAAAAAUGGAAAUGGGGUUGGAUAAGUGCGCUGUAUUACACGUGAAGAGGGGAAAGCUAACAGAAGGAGAAGCAAUGAAAGUUCAAGAUCAAAUUACAAUUCAAACACUGGGACCAGAAAGAACAUACAAAUACCUAGGCAUCCAACAAGGCCUAGAAAUAAGAAACAGUGAGGUCAAAAUCAUAUUCAAGGAGAAAUUCAUAAAUAGACUCAAGAAAAUCUUACAGAGCAAAUUAAACUCCAAAGCGAUGUUCACGUCAAUAAGCACGUGGGUGGUACCUUGCUUAGCCUACUCAUUUGGAAUAAUCAAAUGGUCAACCACCGACCUUAAGGCUCUCGAUACACAGGUUAGGGGACUCUUAACAAGGUAUGGAAUUCAUCACCCAAACGCCUCUGUCAACAGACUUUACAUACCGAGAAAGGAUGGAGGAAGAGGACUACAGAACAUUGAGACUACACACUACAACACAGUCAAAGAAAUGAGAGAAUAUUUCAAAUCAAAAGACUCACCCUUCUUCAAGGCACUAUCUGCAGAAGAUAACAAUAUAACAACAUUGAACUUGUCAUCGAACAGUGAUCCACCUGCACCCCCCACAAUCCAGGAGUUGUCCGAGGUAUGGCAAGGCAGAGCACUCCAUGGUAGAUUUCCAACAGUCCUGAAACAUAGAAAAAUAGAUAGAGAUCGAUCACUUACAUACCUUAAAGCUGGUUACCUUUUCCCAGAAACAGAAGGCAGAUUAACAGCCAUACAGGAUCAGGUUGUGGCCACCAGAGCAUACCUGAAAAACAUAAUAGGGAAAAAUAUGACCACAGAUAAAUGCCGCAAAUGCUCACAAUCACCUGAGACAAUCCAGCAUGUCACCUCGUCCUGUUCUAUCCUCGCACCUAGAGAAUACACUGACCGCCACAACGCCAUGGCAAAAGCAUACCAUCAAGCAAUUGCCAAAAAACAUGGAUUGCUCGAAACAACACGGCCGAUAUACGAAUACUUACCAAAAGAGAUCCUAGAGAACGAAGAGGUGAAGCUUUACUGGGACCAUCCACUCAUUACAGACAGAUCCAUCCCACAUAAUCGGCCCGACAUUGUUCUCUUCGAAAAGAAAUUAAAGAAAUUAAUUAUAGCUGAUGUCACCAUCCCAGCUGAUGACAAUAUUGAGAGAGCAUAUACCGAGAAGAUUAUGAAGUAUCAUGAUCUGUCUUUCGAACUAAAAGAAAUUUAUGGACUUACCUACUCGACAAUCCUUCCACUCGUCAUCACAACUAAUGGCUUAGUCGAAACACAUUUGCUGGAGAACACAAUGAAGCUCGGACUCGAUGAGAGCGUAAUCGGCGAUGCACAGAAGGAGGUUAUCUUAUGGACCACACGAAUCGUACGCAGGUUCCUUACGAGCAACUGA